AUACAAAUCGGACAGGAAAAAGCACGCGCGUGUGCAGAGCGGAUCUGGCAGCCUGCACGGCCUACAUCUCAGACAGUCUCCUCCCUCCACACACCUGGAAACUGGCCGCUUUGCAGCUAUGAGGACAUUUGUGACGCGGAGUCAAGCCAGGCAGCUUCUGCACAACAAGUUCGUGGCGGUUCUUGGUGGCUCAGUGCAGCGCUCCAUGUACAAAGACCUGGUUCUGCUGCUUCAGAGGGAUCAGUACUUGACUCUGUCUCAGCUCAAGUCCAAAGGGGAGUUUUCCUUUGAGCAGGACAGUCUGGUGGAGGGAGGUCGAUCAGGUCCCAUGACUAACGGUACAGAGUACAGAGAGGUUCGACAGUACCGCUCUGACCACCACCUGCUGCGUUUCUAUUUCCUGACACGGAUCUACUCACCGUACAUGGAGAGCAUCCUGGAGGACUUCAGGCAAGGGCUCAAACCUGAUGUCAUUAUCAUCAGCUCCUGUGUGUGGGACAUCACCAGGUACGGCAUGGGGUGUCUUGAACAGUACAAAGAGAACCUCCACAAGUUCUUUGGCCAGAUAACAACCAUCGUUCACCACGACUGUUUCAUCCUGUGGAGUCUGGCCAUGCCGCUUGGCAAAAAGAUCAAGGGUGGAUUCUUGGUGCCUGAGGUGAGCCACUUGGGUCCCACGCUUCGCUAUGACAUAAUUGAAGCAAACUUCUACAGCAGUCGGCUGGCAGACGCCUACGGUUUGGACGUCCUCGACCUGCACUUCCACUUCCGCCCCCACCUGCAGCACCGCAUGCCCGACGGCGUCCACUGGGAUGCACUGGCCCAUCGGCACAUCAGCAACCUGCUGCUGCAGCACGUCGCUGAGGCCUGGGGAGUAGAUCUGCAUGAUCCCCCUUCCCCACCAGGACAAGUGUUUCCACAGGGUUGCAGAGAAGACUUUGGACGCCACAGUAUCAGACCUGAGUGGCCUCGUCAAAGGCCCCUGCUGGACGCAGUACCACUAAGGAGAUGUGGCCUGGUCCAAUACCAGCAGAGACACUUCAGAUCAGACAGAGUUCACUUGGUUCCACCAAACUCAGGCAGAGCAGUGAGCUUCAGACCCCUGCUGGUGCCAACACAGCUCACUGAUCACCCUGCACAGGCUGCCGGCCACCGCUAUAGAGGUGGUGGUUUCAGUUUCCGUCCUCAUUUCCAAGCAGACAAUCGCUGGAUAAGGAGGAGGAGGUCUCACCCGUACCCCCCUCACCUUCCCAGGGGGAUGCCCAGACACGCUGCAUAUCGAUGGUGAGCUGCGGAGGAUAGAGAAACCCAUUACAGCAGGGCCACAAGGACUCUUGAUACAGCAUUAUCUGCGAAAAGAAAUGAUUCACAGAUGAUGGGUCACUGUCGGUGCUGAGAAAACUUGUUGGGAAAUAAGGCAGAUAAGGGGAAUGGAAGUUAAGUGAAUUUAAAGUCACAGGCUGUUGAUGAGUAAUUAAAGUUGGCUAGAAGCACAGUGACAUGUAUACCUGCGUUAGAAUACACUGGAUUGGAGAACAUGCAGAAACACUGAUCAGUCUAAUUUAGGUUUUAGAUGAUGGAAUUUUUACAUGAUGUUUUUUGACAUAGGCAUGGUGAUAAUAAAAGGAUUUUCUUCUGA